GAAGAAAAGAAAAACCACAGAAUAAUGAAUAUGCUUCAAAUCAUAUGGGAGAAAUAAGGUUUUAAAUUAUGAGAAACAAAUGAGGACAAAAAGGGAAACUAGGAAGUUGAAUUUGGUACCAAAAAAGAGGGAUUCUUUCAAUUCUCAUCCCAUCAAAGAAAGAUGAUCAAGAAAACACCACUUGAUCAUCAAAGUGGAAAACCCUUCAAAAACAACCUUAAAUUCAGACAACCCAUUAUUCUCACUAUCAUAAUCUACUAUUUCACAUCCCAUACCUCACUUUCCCUCUUACUUUCAUCCCAUCCAACACCUCCUCCAAUUCCAAUUCUUCCGAUUCCAACUUCACAGCAAAUCUCAUGGCAACUCACAGAAAUGGCGAUGUUCUUGCACUUUGGUACCAAUACAUUCACAGACUUGGAGUGGGGGACAGGGCAUGCAGACCCAUCAGUGUUCAACCCCACUUCAUUCAAUGCCACGCAGUGGGUCCAUGUGGCCAAAGACAAUGGAUUUUCAAGAGUUAUACUAACUGCAAAACACCAUGAUGGGUUCUGUCUUUGGCCCUCUGCGUAUACUGAUUAUUCUGUGAAGUCUAGCUCUUGGAGGAAUGGGGCUGGUGAUGUGGUGAAAGAGUUGACAGAAGCUGCUAGGAAAGCUGGAGUGCAGUUGGGACUUUAUGUUUCUCCUUGGGAUAGACACGAGCCUACCUAUGGGGAGACUCUUGAGUACAACGAGUAUUAUAUGGGGCAGAUGACCGAGUUGCUCGCUAGAUACGGUGAAAUAAGAGAAGUUUGGUUGGAUAGUGCUAAGGGGAAGGGAGAGAAGGAUAUGGAAUAUUUUUUUGAUGAUUGGUUUAGUCUCAUUCAUCAGAUUCAGCCGGGGGCAGUCAUAUUUUCCGAUGAUGGUCCAGACACAAGGUGGGUUGGAGAUGAAUCUGGUGUUGCAGGGACCACAUGCUGGUCUCUUUUCAAUAGAAGUGCCAUUAAGAUUGGGGAUACUGAUCCUAAAUAUUCUGGAGAAGGAGAUCCUCUUGGCCAUGAUUGGGUACCUCCAGAGUGUGACGUCUCCAUCCGACCUGAAUGGUUUUGGCAUGCAUCGCAAGCACCAAAAUCUGCGAUCACUCUGCUUGAUUUGUACUACACGUCAGUUGGAAGAAACUGUCUCUUGUUAUUAAACGUGCCUCCAAAUUCUUCAGGUCUUAUACCCCAGGAAGACAUAAGAGUCCUUGAGGAAUUUUCAGAGAUCCGUAAAUCCAUAUUUUCCUACAAUCUAGCGAAAGGUGCUCUUAUUUCUGCAAGCAGUGUAAGAGGGGUUCCAAAUGAUUCCCAUUAUGGUCCUCACAAUGUUCUUGAGGAAGGUAUCUAUUCGUACUGGGCUCCUGAUAAGGCACAAUCAAACUGGGCGUUAAAUUUAGACUUCGAAGAGUCUGUUACUUUCAAUAUAUUGCUAGUGCAAGAGCCAAUCCAUAUGGGUCAGCGGAUUAUAGAAUUCCAUCUAGACUUCUUGAAUGAAGAAGGUGAAUGGGAAGAGGUUGUACGUGGUACCACUGUGGGAUAUAAGAGGCUGUUAAGAUUUGGGAAAGUUGAAUCCAGUAAGCUGAGGCUUGUUAUUGACAAGUCUCGAGCAGAUCCACUAAUUUCUUAUUUGGGAAUAUACGUGGAUCCAUUUACUAUAUUGGAACAUGUCUCUAACUUCAGCUCUACAUCUCUCUCCAAGGAUGGCAAGACUCUUCAGCAAAAUAUGUACCAUCAUUCCACCAAUGUUUCUUCUUUCUAAAGCUGUUGAUCCAACUGGACUGUGUAUCAAAAUAGUCUCUCUUUCUUUUCAUUCAAAUGUUGUUUUUUCUUAAUGAUUUU